AUGUACGCCUUGGCCACAGUACCUCUGCUGAAAAAAGUACAAACAGAAGGCAGCACCCAAGUCUGGUAUGCCGAUGAUGCUGCAGCCGGAGGAAAGAUACAAGCAGUCAAACAAUGGUGGGAGAAACUCUCCAUACAUGGAGAAAAAUUUGGAUACUUUCCAAAUGCCAAGAAAUCCUGGUUGAUCGUCAAACCGAAUUGCCUUGAAGAAGCCAAACGUGUGUUCUCAAAAACGGCUGUGAACAUCACCUCUGAAGGUCGAAAGUAUUUAGGAGCUGCACUGAGAACUGAAAACUUCUGUAACGGCUAUCUCAGUGAUGCAAUCUUAGACUGGACACGUCAGAUUGACAAAUUGGCUUCCAUUGCCCAAAGUCAGCCACAAGCAGCUCAUUCCGCAUUAAGUCACGGUCUUCUGGGCAGGUGGAUUUUUACUGCGAGAACAAAUCAGAAUUUCAAAACUUUUGCUGGGCUUUUAGAAUCAUCAAUACAAUCUCAACUGAUUCCUGCUAUAACUGGUCGUUCGGCCCCUGGAGAACUGGAAAGAAAACUCUUCUCCUUACCAGCCAGACUUGGUGGUCUGGGAAUCACAGAUCCAACUUCAUUGUCUUCUGAAUACUUAAACUCUCGAAAGAUGACUGCACCGCUUGUUGACUUCAUUUUGAAUCAGGAGAUCACUCUAGGAGAUGCCCCAGAUCAACAGGAUUCUCUCAAAAAGCAAAUUCGCAAGCACAAAGGGCUAGAAAUCAAAACUCUUGCUGAUAAUGUUCGAGAUAACCUCUCACACCAACAUAAAAGAAUGUUCGAGUUAGCAAAUGAAAAGGGGGCAUCAAACUGGCUCACAGUGCUGCCAUUGGAGGAUCACGGCUUCUCAUUACAUAAGUCUGCAUUCAGAGAUGCUCUAUGCCUCAGAUAUGGAUGGGUCCCCCCUCAUAUGAGUGAAUCUUGCCCUUGCGGUGGAAAAAUGUCAGUGGAGCAUGCUAUGUCAUGCCCCACGGGAGGCUUUCCAACUAUACGCCAUAAUGAAAUCCGAGAUAUGUUUUCUCAUCUGUUGUCUGAUGUCUGUCAUGAUGUGGAAACGGAGCCCACGUUGCAAUCACUAAGUGGAGAGACGUUCUCUUUACGUUCAAGCAGUCGAGAUGAUGAUGCAAGAUUAGACAUUUCGGCAAGAGGUUUUUGGGGAGGAAGAUUUGAGAAGACAUAUUUUGAUGUCCGGGUGUUUAACCCCAAUGCCACCUCGUACACAUGUUUUGAAGUUGCAUCAUGCUAUAGAAGACAGGAACAAGAGAAGAAAAGGAAAUAUGAAGAAAGACUGAGAAAAGUAGAAAAUGCUUCCUUUACACCUAUUAUCCUUUCUUGCACUGGUGGCAUGAGCAAGCUUACAACGUCAUUUACCAAAAAGCUGGCCUCAAUGAUAUCUGAGAAAAAGGACACUCCAUACGGUAGCGUGAUCAACUGGCUAAGAUGUCGACUCGGGUUCGCACUCCUAAGAGCUUCCAUAAUGUGCAUCAGGGGCAGCAGGUGCAAACGCUACGUCAGGCCGGAAAACAAUAUUCUCCUGGCUACGUCUGAGGGGCACCUGGCCUCCUCAGCUUAGUGACUUUACUGUACAUGACAUAGUAGUAGUAAAAGUUGUACUAUUGUAUAUGACAGUAAUUGUUUAGUAGUAGUAAUAGUUUAUUGCCAUUCGCUGUAGGUUGCCGUUUGUGUAUACGUAGUCUGCUAUUGUUUCAAAUACACCAUAUCUUCUCAGUAGUAGUAGU